AUGCACCGCUUGAUGGGGGCCAACGGCACCGCCGCCGCCGCCGGGCAGCCCAAUGUCUCCUGCACGUGUAACUGCAAGCGCUCUUUGUUCCAGAGCAUGGAGAUCACCGAGCUGGAGUUCGUGCAGAUCCUGGUGAUCGUGGUGGUGAUGAUGGUGAUGGUGGUGGUGAUCACGUGCCUGCUGAGCCACUACAAGCUGUCCGCCCGCUCCUUCAUCAGCCGGCACGGCCAGGAGAGGAGGAGAGAGGACGGCCUUUCCUCGGAGGGGUGUCUCUGGCCCUCAGAGAGCACGGCGUCCGGAGGCGGGAUCCCCGAGCCCCAGGUCUACGCCGCGCCCCGGCCCGUGGACCGCCUGGCAGUGCCCAGCUUCGCCCGGAGGGAGCGACUCCACCGCUUCCAGCCCACCUACCCGUACGUGCAGCACGAGAUCGACCUGCCGCCCACCAUCUCCCUGUCGGAUGGCGAGGAGCCCCCGCCCUACCAGGGCCCCUGCACCCUGCAGCUCAGGGACCCCGAGCAGCAGCUGGAGCUGAACCGAGAGUCGGUGCGCGCUCCCCCCAACAGAACCAUCUUCGACAGCGACCUGCCGGCCGGGACGGUGCCAGGCGGGCCCUGCGCCCCCAGCAGCCACUCGGGCAUCAGCGCUGCAAGCUACAGCGGCGGCGGGCGCAUGGAGGGGCCGCCCCCCGCCUACAACGAGGUCAUCGCCCACUACCCACGCCCCUUCCAGCACCAGCAGAGCCCCGGGCCACCCUCCCUGCUGGAGGGACUCCACGCACCCCACCUCACCCCCCUGGAAAGCAAGGAGGACAAGCAGAAAGCUCAGCCCCUCUAGGAGCCGCGCGCGGCUGUAGGAAGAAACAAACGACAAAAACAAAACAAAACAAGGCAAACACUCUGCACUGGAGAGAAGAGGGGCGCCCCAACUCCACGUAUAAAUAUUUACAUGUUCUGUCGGGUCUAAAUGCACAGCUCCGAAAGCUUGCAAAAAAGCAAAAAAAAAACAAAAAAAAACCACACAAAAAAAACAUGUUUCAAGCCACAUCGUGAAAGCAAAAAAGGAAAAAAAAAACCAUUCUAUAGUAGUCUCUUUUUUUUAGUUGAGCUGUGUGCACGAAUGCUUAAUUUUUUUCGUUAAUGAUGGUUUCACUUAACUUUAAAGACAUAUUUGCACAAAACCUUUGUUUAAAGAUCUGCAAUAUUAUAUAUAUAUAAAUAUAAAUCUAUAUAAACUAAGAGAAACUGUAUGGGGGGCAGGAGUAUUUUUGUAUUAGAAGAGGCUUAUUGAAAGGAGUUGUUUUCCGAACUCGAAGAGGAAAGAAAAAGGCAAUUUUUGAGUGCCAACUCAAAGUGUGUAUUACCUUGUAAAGAAAAAAAAAUAUACAAAGCAGGGGUCUAGAGUUAUUUAUAUAAAUGUCGAGAUUUUGCACUAUUUUUUAAUAUAACUAUGUCAGUGCUUGUUGGAUGGAAAGUUCUAUUGUGUCUGUCGAGACGUCUGCCAGGCAGGGGUGUCCCCUGGUCUCCUGGUCCCUUUGUCCCUGGUCCCCUCAUCUCUCCCCCGUCCCCCUCCCCCUCCCCCUCCCCCGUCCUCCUCCCUACCCUCCGUCCCCCAUCCCCUCGGUCUGGAGAGGCCCUGGCAGAAGGGCACCCCGUCCUGCACAGUACACAUUCCCGAGAGGGGACACAUUUCCCCACUGGACCAGGGGGACCCUCGGAUUGUGGGCAAAAAGAAGCGCGAAGCCCUCUGAGGCACCAGCCUCCUGGAGGUGGUUUUGGGGUGGGGUUUUUUUUGUUUUGUUUUGUUUUGUUUUUGUUUUUGCCUUUUCGCAAAUGAAAAUAAACUCUUCUUGAAGGAG